CUAGGAGUGCCUGGCAGGGCGGGAACUUCAGGGCAGCUGAGGCAGUCCCUUGUCCUGGAACACGGGGGGAGCAGUCUGUCCUGCCUGGAACGGCCCUUGGCCUCCCCGAGGAUUGUUUUGGCUGGAUUACUUGUGAAACUAAUAAAGCAUAAGCUUCAGACUUCUACUUGCAUGGGCUCCUUCUAAAGCAGUGUGGAGGGUGGACCCAGGAUAAUGGCUGCUGCUCAUGAUUUGGAAAUGGAAGAGGAUGUGAAUCUAAAUAGGGAUAGAGAGAUGAAAGAAAUGCUGGAAGAGGAGAAAAUGAGAGAGGACAGGGAAGGUAAAGAUCCCUUCAGGCUUAAAAAGGUCCACAGGAUUGUCUCAAAAUGGAUGCUUCCUGAACCGGUGCGAAGAACAUACCUGGAAAGAGCUAACUGCCUCCCACCCCCUGUGUUCAUCAUCUCCAUCAGCAUUGCUGAGCUGGCAGUGUUUAUUUACUAUGCUGUGUGGAAGCCGCAGAAACAGUGGAUCACCUUGGACUCAGGCAUCUUGGAGAGUCCCUUUAUCUACAGUCCUGAGAAGAGGGAGGAAGCCUGGAGGUUUAUCUCAUACAUGCUGGUGCAUGCUGGAGUUCAACACAUCCUGGGGAAUCUUGUUAUGCAGCUCGUUUUGGGUAUCCCCUUGGAAAUGGUCCACAAAGGCCUCCGCGUGGGGCUGGUGUACCUGGCAGGAGUGAUUGCAGGGUCUCUAGCCAGCUCCAUCUUUGACCCACUCAAAUCUCUUGUGGGUGCUUCAGGAGGAGUCUAUGCUCUGAUGGGAGGCUAUUUCAUGAAUGUUCUAGUGAAUUUUCGAGAAAUGAUUCCUGCCUUUGGAAUUAUCAGACUACUCAUCAUCGUCCUUAUAAUUGUGUCGGACAUGGGAUUUGCUCUCUACAGAAGGUUCUUUGUCCCUGCAAAUGGGUCCCCGGUGUCUUUUGCAGCUCACGUUGCAGGUGGAUUUGCUGGGAUGUCCAUUGGUUAUACCGUGUUCAGCUGCUUUGAUAAGGCACUGCUGAAAGAUCCAAGGUUUUGGAUAGCAAUUGCAGCUUAUUUAGCUUGCGUCUUAUUUGCUGUGUUUUUCAACAUUUUCCUAUCCCCAGCGAACUGACCUGCCCCUAACACAAACCAAUUAAUAAAAAGAGCCAUCUGGGAAAAAACUGGAGAACUCUCUAUGAAGAAACAGAGAAGUCCCAGCAAAUGCUAACAAUUUUAUAAAAAGGACAAAACACCCUUGAAGUCGCCAGUUUCAAAGACUGCUUACAAAAGGAGUUAGGGUUUAAGGAAGGGGCUCGUCUGUGCAUGAGGGGGAAGAGGAAGAAAGAAAAGGGAAGGGAAGUGAGAACCAAAGAUUGGCUCUUUCCCAGGCGUGCUGCAUGAGGGUACGUAUCCUCUAAAAGAGACUUACUCUCCUAGGAGGGUAUACUAUAGAGAUUGCUUGAUAGAAUCCACAAAUAAUGUUCUAUGCUGAAAAUAAAAGCUUUUCACAUCUGUCA